UUAAUAUAUAUCUCCACAAAGUCACAAAAACACAACACCUUCGACUUCUUCUUCAGUUCUUCUUGAAAAUGGAAGAUUGGUUCUCAUGGCUCUCGAGAACAAACCUUGAACCUUGUCUAAUCCACGAAUACGGCCUCUCCUUCUCCCACAACGAGCUCGAACAGGAAGACAUUGCCUACUUCAACCACGAGUUUCUCCAGAGCAUGGGGAUCUCCAUCGCCAAACACCGUCUCGAGAUUCUCAAACUCGCUCGCCGAGAACGCAAGAAUGCUCCUCCUCUCACCUCUCGCUCGAUCUCCAGAAUCUUGGUUGCCAUCAAGAACACCGGGAAAUGUUUCUCCGACCACGUACGCGCCUGGAUCCGCCGCGAAGAAGAGUCGUCGUCUCGAGCUCUGGUGCUGGUGCCGCCUAAGAAGAAGACUAGCAGCAGCGGGAUUAGAAAGUGGAGAGGCGGGUUUAUGAAGAGGAGCAAGAGAUCUGUGAUGCCGAGCAAUGGGAUCAAUGGAGGAUUUGAGAAGCAGCAAGAGAGGUUGCUCUUGACUAAUGGGACUCCUUGUAGACUCGAUAGCUUCUCUGGUCCCAUGGUUUUCGAUUACAGCUUCAAGGAUGAGAAACUUUAUGAUCAAGAUACUUAUUUGGACGACAUCAAAUGGGAUUCUAUGUUUCAUAAUCUGAAACCUACUUAGAAAUCUUCGUAUCUGGUUGAUGCAUGGUGAGAGAUGAUGUUUUAGGUUUCUUCCACCAUGGCUUUUUUAAAGAUUUUUGUUUUUUUUGGCCUUUGUUGUUGUGUUGGAGUGUGUGAUUAGGGUAAUCAAAUUUUGUUAAUUAAAACAAAUUAUGGUUGAGUGGAGGUGUCAGGUGGUGUGUGGGUCUGUGUAAUGAGUCUGUCUCUUCAGUCUUUGCUUUUGGCCUAAGUCUCUGUUCCAGUCAAAAAAACUUCUUUACAGCUUUUUUCAACUCUGUCUUUCUGAAUAAAGGUAUUUUGUUUACACA